AAAAACCCUCAAGUCAUCGUUUCUCUCAAAUCUUCUGCCUCGCUUUUUGGUAGCGUUUCAUUGCCAAACAAGUUGCAAGCAAUUGAUUCUUCUCUACUGGAAUUUAGACUCGUCGGAGGGACUUAGCUGGUGUACUUUUAAACAGGGGUGUCAACCUUGAUCCUUUAAGCAAAUUGGCCAAAGCAAGUUCUUCUAUGUUUUGUAUUGAUUUGUUAUACGUUAGGGGUUGUCAGUGUCCUCUAUUCUUUUCUCCAUAAUUAGAUGAACACUGUAACAUGUCAUACUUGGUUUUUUGGAGGUUGGUUUAGUUGUAUAUGAUUCUCAAGUUCCAAUUGGAGCCACCCCAGAAUAUAUGGCUGGCCAUUAUAUGGUUCAAAGUGCCAGCUCUUUUUCGCCGAUGAUGGCCCUUGCUCCUCAGGAAAAAGAAAGAAUUGUUGACAUGGCGUAAUAGGAAGAACGGGUUUUAAUUGGCCAGAACACCAACGUGACAAGUUGAAGUUUGUCUCCACUAGUUCUCUGCGAAACAACUGUAAUUGCAGAUUGAGUUUUGAGGUAGAGAAUGCAGUGCCUGAAGGGUUUUUCUCAAAAUCCACCGUCGAUCAUUUCUGCUACAACUUCCUUUCCUUUCAACAAUCUUAGCAGAAGCAUAGUUUUUGGACAUUCUUCCAUACCAAUGAACCAAAAUGUGAAAUUCUCAAAUGGUACUCUGCUCAAAGUUCCACAAACUCAUUGCAGAGCUUCAAUGGAAGUUCAAGAGGCCUCUCCCAGAAGUGCCAAUAGUACCAACUUACAGGUCCAUGGGCUUUCGGAAACAAUUGUGGGUGUUCUUGGUGGAGGGCAACUUGGUCGUAUGUUGUGUGAAGCAGCUUCUCAGAUGGCAAUAAAGGUGAUAAUUCUAGAUCCGAUGGAGAAUUGUCCAGCAAGUAACUUAUGCAAUUAUCAUAUGGUGGGAAGUUAUCAUGAUAGUGCUACAGUUGAAGAAUUUGCCAAAAGAUGUGGAGUACUGACUGUCGAAACUGAGCAUGUUGAUACUGCAACUCUCGAGAAACUUGAACAACAAGGGGUGGAUUGUCAACCUAAAGCUUCGACGAUCCGGAUCAUCCAGGAUAAGUACCUUCAGAAGGUCCAUUUUUCUAGGCAUGCUAUUCCAAUGCCUGAGUUUAUGCAGAUAGAUGACCUAGAAGGUGCUAAAAGAGCUGGAGACCUAUUUGGUUAUCCUCUUAUGGUGAAGAGCAAAAGGCUGGCAUAUGAUGGACGAGGCAAUGCUGUCGCUAAAAAUGAAGAUGAGAUUCCUAUGGCAGUAAAUGCCCUGGGAGGAUACACUGGUUUAUAUGUUGAGAAAUGGGCACCAUUUGUGAAGGAGCUUUCUGUAAUUGUGGCAAGAGGACGGGAUAAUAGUAUGCUGUGCUAUCCUGUUGUAGAAACUAUCCACAGGGAGAACAUUUGUCACAUUGUUAAAUCACCUGCGAAUGUGUCGUGGAAGGUUCUGAAACUUGCUACAGAUGUUGCAUAUAAGGCUGUGAGUUCAUUGGAAGGUGCUGGUGUAUUUGCGGUUGAGUUGUUUUUGACAGCUGAUGGUCAGGUCUUGCUGAAUGAAGUGGCCCCUAGACCUCAUAAUAGUGGACAUCACACAAUUGAGUCUUGUUUUACUUCACAAUUUGAGCAACAUCUGAGGGCUGUUGUUGGACUUCCACUUGGUGAUCCAUCAAUAAAAAGUCCAGCUAUCAUGUAUAAUAUACUUGGUGAAGAUGAGGGAGAACCAGGUUUCCUUCUGGCUAACCAACUUAUCGGGAGGGCAUUGAGGAUACUAGGGGCAUCAGUUCAUUGGUAUGACAAACUAGAGAUGAGGAAGCAGAGGAAGAUGGGUCACAUCACCUUAGUUGGUCCUUCCAUGGGCAUUAUUGAAGCUCGUUUGAAAUCCAUGCUCAGCGAAGAAACAGAGGAUGAUCAGCCUCCAGCGGCACCACGUGUUGGGAUCAUAAUGGGCUCUGAUUCUGACCUUCCUGUUAUGAAGGAUGCUGCCACAAUUCUGAGAGAGUUCAAUGUGCCUGCAGAGGUAAGAAUAGUUUCCGCUCACCGCACCCCUGAAUUGAUGUUUUCUUACGCUUCAUCUGCUCGGGAGCGUGGUAUCCAGGUUAUCAUUGCUGGUGCUGGAGGUGCCGCACACUUGCCAGGCAUGGUAGCUGCAUUGACCCCACUGCCUGUCAUUGGUGUCCCUGUUCGUGCAUCUACAUUAGAUGGACUUGACUCCCUCUUGUCUAUUGUACAGAUGCCCAGGGGAGUUCCAGUUGCGACCGUAGCAAUAAAUAAUGCUACAAAUGCUGGUCUGCUUGCAGUAAGGUUAUUAGGAAUUAGUGACAUCAACUUGCAGGCUAGGAUGGCCCAAUAUCAAGAAGAUAGGAGGGAUGAAGUUUUGGUAAAGGAUGAUAAGCUCGGAAAACAUGGCUGGGAAGACUACUUGAAUUCAUGAGGAUUCUGAUGCCCUGUUCCCUAAGCAGCGUUUUUGCCACAAGGACAAAUUUCACAAGGCCUUGAGAUGAGAAAGGACAUACAACCCCAAAGAAAGAUAGUGCUCAAACUGAUAUGUCGAGGCAAAGCAAGAGCAAAGGUGACAGUGAUUUUGGUUUUCAAUUGUCAUCUAGCCUAUUUUAAUACAUCAAGUGAUCUAACUAAUUCUAAUUUAUAUCCAUGGUAGAAAAUUUCUCAUAAGAAAUAUUCACUUUACAUGAUAAGUGAUUUAAUUAAUUCUCUUUUUUUUUCUUA